AUGGCAAAGAGGAGUGGAUGUAAGCAGACAGAUGUCGGUACAAAGAAUCUGAAGCAGGUGAUGAAGGCAAAAAGUAGAGGGAGAAAAGUGAAAGCUGAGACAAAAGUUGCAGGUGAUGCCAGUCCAGAAGAAGAGACGCUCACUAGGAGGGUCAUUCAAAAGCCACGUUCAAUCUCAGACCCAGGAGUUGGGAAUGUCACACCGAGGAAGUCCCCCGGCAUCAUCAUCAGCAAACACUUUGGGCCACCGCUGAAGAUGGAGGACACAUGCAGCAAUCGCAAUAAUGAUAAAAUGACAAGCUCUGUAGCUCCAGUGACAGACAUCAAAAUGGAAGAAGAAGAGAGUGAGGAAGAGGAGGAUGAUUGGGAGGAAGUGGAAGAACUGGCUGAGCCUCUGAGUACAGCAGAAACCCCAGAACCAGUCCUACCCUCUCAGCCUGUAGAGAUAGAAAUUGAGACCCCAGAAGUGAGAAAAAAGCAGAAGAAGGCUGCAGAGUUUGAGAUGUAUCUGAGACGGAUGAUGAAUCGCUACAAGAAGGACUUGCUAAUAGACACACACAAGGUGCACCUCAUGUGUCUGUUAGCCAGUGGGAUGUUCCGGAACCGCCUGUGCAGUGAACCUGAUCUGAUGGCUGUUGCUUUAUCGAUGCUGCCAGCUCAUUUUCUUGCGGUUGUCCAUGAACGCAGAGACGGAAACUACCUGUCUGGGCUCCUGAAAUGGUUUCAAGCAACUUUUACCCUUAACCCAAGUCUUCCCUAUGAGGAGCGGCCAAAUCCUCGUGCUCUGCUGGAAAGACGUUUUGCCAGCAUCUCUGCAAAGAACCACCAGGAGAUGACCCAUCUCUUCUUGUUGAUCCUGAGGUCUCUGCAGCUAUUUUGCCGCUUGGUUCUUUCUCUGCAACCCAUUCCCCUCAAACCUCCACCAGCUAAGGGCAAAGCAGCAACAUCUUCCUCUGUCUUGCCAGCAAAUACAAACCAAAGCCAGGGAUCAUCCAAGACUAAGUCACCGCGACAGAAAGUCUCUCCAGUCUCUAAGAGGCCAGCCGAAAGAGAAAUUAGUGUCAAAGGCAGGGACCGGAAAAAAGUGAAGAGAAAAGCACUUGAGGAGGAGGAGGAAGAUGGGGACGAGAAGAUCGCAGCGCCAGGAGGCCCAAGACCCAAGAACUCCAAACGACGCAGCAUUGCCUCAAAAGUCAGCUACAAGGAAGAGAGCAACAGUGAGCAUGAGGAAGAACUUAGUGAUGAUGAGUUUCACGUGUCUACUGAGGAGGACAGCGAAGAUUCAGAGACGGGGACUAAACCUGUCAAAAGAUUGAAAGUUAAAGAACGGAGCAAAAUCAAAGAUAAUAAAAAUGACAGAACCAAUACAGGCCAGAAGAAAACAAGCAGUAAAACGAAAGAAGAGGAGACUCAUGAAGACAAAGACAAAGAAUUGUCGAGCAGUAUAUCAAAGAGACCGAACGUGAAAAAGAACAAUGGCGUUGGAGCUGAUGAGUGGCUGGAGGUGUUUAUCGAUAAAACAUCCACUUGGGUGUGUGUGGAUGUUGUGCAUGGGGUGGGAGCGCCUCACCUCUGCUCCCAGAAUGCAACACGGCCAAUCACGUAUGUUGUAGGCGUGGAUGGAGACGGCUUUGUGAAGGACCUGGGCCGUAAGUAUGACUCCACCUGGAUGACGUCAACCAGAAAGAGGCGAGUGGAGGAAGAGUGGUGGGAGGAGACGCUGCAGCCAUUUCUGAAACCAAAAGAUGAGCAGGACGUUAAGGAAGAUAAGGAGAUGCAGAAGAAGCUGCUUAAAAAGCCCUUGCCAAUCUCCAUUGGCGAGUAUAAAAACCACCCACUGUAUGCCUUAAAGAGGCACCUUCUCAAGUAUGAAGCCAUCUAUCCCAACACAGCUGCGGUACUUGGAUACUGCCGAGGGGAGCCUGUGUACUCCAGAAACUGUGUGCACACACUACACUCAAAAGACACGUGGCUGAAAGAAGCACGGACGGUCAGAAUUGGAGAGCUACCAUACAAAAUGGUGAAAGGCUUCUCUAAUCGUUCCCGUAAGGCUCGGAUGAUGACUGAGCAGAAGGAUGAAAAUGACCUUGCUUUAUUUGGAGAAUGGCAGACGGAGGUGUAUCAACCCCCUAUAGCUGUUGAUGGAAAGGUUCCCCGCAAUGACUAUGGAAACGUCUACUUGUUUAAGGCCUGUAUGCUGCCAGUGGGCUGUGUUCAUCUUAGGCUUUCCAACCUGCACCGGGUGGCCAAAAAGCUAAACAUGGAUGCUGCCCCUGCUGUUACCGGCUUUGAUUUCCAUGGGGGAUAUUCACAUGCAGUCACGGAUGGUUACAUUGUGUGUGAAGAGCACGAGGAGAUCCUCAGAGCUGCCUGGGAGGAAGAACAAGAGCUUCAAAAACAAAGGGACAAAGAGAAAAGAGAAAAGAGGGUGAUCUCCAAUUGGACUCUGCUUGUGAAGGGCCUUCUGAUUAGAGAACGUCUUCAACGGCGUUAUGGCAAGAAGCCCCAGGGUGCCGAGGGUCUCGUUGCUCAUAAUGCUGGCAAAGACAAAUGUGAUGGACUCUCGUCGGAUGAGGGGGCAAUGAGUGAGGAGGAAAAUUCCAGAGCUAAAACAGCGUCAGAGACACUUGCGAUGUCCUGGCCCCAAAACAGGCAAGCGAAGGAGGAAAGGGGGGGAAGUGUCAGCGGGCAGAGGACAAAGAGGGAGAGGAGAGGCAAAGAAAAACAUUUGUUCCCCUUUGAGAAAGUGUGA